GCAGCAUCGCUCGGCGUUCAGCUCGCUACGCACUGCAAUCAACAAGUUCCGCAAAAGUUAAUUAAGGUGUAGGCUGGUUUGUAAAUUGUCUAAUAGCACAUCACGCGAGUUCCUGACUCAUAAACAUCCCUAAACCGAACGGUCUUUAAUAUUCCCAAGGGUAAUUUAAAAUUUGUGGGCAGUAGGCAAUCAACUGUGAAAAAUGAAAAAGGAAGACCUCACGUUGGUGCGAGAUAAUGACUCGCUGCGUUCGGUGAGCUCGGAGGAUGUGUCAUCGCCGCCGGGCCAAUAUUGCUGCACGAAGACGAAUCCGGCUCAUGGACGCGGUCGCCGUCUCCAUCUGCUACAAAUGCUCGUUCUCCCGUUCAUCCCGAUCUGUGCGCUCAUCGUGCAAACUGCCUUCUCGUUGCAUAACAUCAUGCUGUACCGUCAGGAGGUGCGAGGCAUCGACGCGCAGGUAACUGAAGCAACAAAUUUGGGCAAGGUGGUCACCCAAAUGCAACUGGAGCGCUCGGAGGUGGCAUUCUUUGUUUACACCAAUGGCAACAAAUUAAGAUCGAAUUUAACAAUGCGUUUUGCACUGACGAACGCAUCGCUGGAGGCGGUGAGUAGCUGGCCGCCUAUCUAUCUGCCCGAGAGUCGCUUGGCGCCGCUGGACAAAGACACCUUUCUCACUCGCCUUGGCGAGUUCAGGCAACGCAUAUCCUCCGAAGAAAGCAGCAUGACCGAAGUGCUCAAUUGGUACACAUCGGUAAAUGCCGCUUUGCUGGAUCACCUUACCAACCAGAUCAAAGAAACGGACAGCAGCGGUGUGUGGAGGUAUCUUCUCGCCUUUAAGAACCUUCUUAGGAGUAUAGAAUCCACCGGCAUUGCCAGCGUCUAUGGCGUAAACUAUUUUGGACGGGGAUGGCUUGUCAGUAACAGCUAUGUGCACUAUAUUCAUCAUGAUGCCGUUGCUAAGGAUCUCCUGAACGGCUCGCUCAACUACGUGCCUAUGCUGAAAGGAGUCUACCGUCAGCUGACCAACUCCAUGAGCAAUUAUGGUACCAUCAAAAGAAGAGGUGAUAUUAUUAUACAGAACAUUCAGAGAGAUCCAAAUAUCACUGAGGCAAUUGACUACUUCGAUUCAAUCGCGCAUUAUACUGACGAGUUACGAAAAUUGCAACGAGAGUUGCGACACAAGAUUAGGGAUUACGUCACGGCAAAUUUACAUGAUGCGGCUAGCAAGGAGGCAAUUGGUAUUGCAAUUCUUGUUGUUGUUCUGGCCGUCUCGCCUGUAAUAAUUUGGUUGGUGCAGAACGCUGUUUCAACUAUACAGCUUUACGCAGCAAAUUUAGCAAGUAAAGCAAAGGAAUUAAAACGCGAAAAGCGUAAGUCCGACACGCUUCUCUUCCAAAUGCUUCCCUUGAGCGUGGCUGUUCAGCUCAAGCAAACUCAACAGGUUCCUGCAGAGUACUACGCCUCUGUAACCGUGUAUUUUAGCGACAUUGUAGGCUUCACCGAGAUUGCUGCAGUGAGCACACCGUUGGAAGUUGUCACAUUCCUCAACAAAAUCUACAAACUUUUCGACGCUCGCAUUGAAUGCUAUGACGUAUACAAAGUGGAGACUAUUGGCGACUCGUAUAUGGUGGCAUCUGGAUUGGCUGUAAAAAAUGGCAACCAACACGUUUCCGAGAUUGCUUCUAUGGCGUUGGACCUUCUAGCCGCCUCUGCACAAUUCAAGAUUCCCCAUCGUAAGUCAGAACUACUGCAGAUUCGUAGCGGGGCUCAUACUGGACCCGUUGUCGCUGGCAUCGUUGGAUCGAAGAUGCCGCGGUACUGUCUCUUUGGCGAUACUGUAAACACUGCUUCUCGGAUGGAGUCCACUGGAGAAGCAUCCAAAAUACAUAUCAGUUUAGAAUUCAAAAAAGCUUUGGAUGCAGUUGGAGGUUUCAAGACGCAACAUCGAGGAUUGGUUGAUGUAAAAGGCAAAGGUCCCAUGGAUACAUACUGGUUGACAUGCAAAGAGGGCGGCGUAAAUCGGACAAACGACGCCGCUGCGACAAAAUAUUUGCCGGUAAGAAAUUCGUCGAAGGUUGGCGCAAAAAGUCGAAAUUUUCAAUUUCAGGACGAAGAUUCCGAACCGAUUUUCAUGCGUCGAAUUCGUGGCGAAUGCUACGUAUAACUGCAACGUCAAUUGUGUGUUUGUAAUCGUUCCAUUUGC